GCUUAUUUUCUUGAAGAAGACGAAAAAAAGAGCAUCCUAAUCCAUCCAUUAGGGUUCCAUCGGCUUCUCCAAUGGCCGAUGUCGUCGACGCUCCGGCCGAAUCCGCCGACCGUCAACUCCCGGGGAAGUCUACCUCUCCUCCUCCGCCUCCUCUACCUCAUGCGUCCUCUUCUGAGCCCCCUUCGCAUCUUGGGAUACAGCAGCAGCCGGCUCGCCGCCGCGAGAGAGAUUCACGCGAACGGCGCGACGAUGGGGACCUCGAGCGUCCGCCUCCAAAUCGCCGCGGCGGCGGAGAUCACUACGACCGAGACAGGGAUCGUGAACGCUCGCCGCUUCCGCCGCGUCGGAGGGAGUACAAGAGGCGACCGAGCUUGAGCCCUCCUCCGCCGUACCGAGAUCGUCGGUACUCACCUCCUCCGCGCCGUUCUCCACCUUAUAAGCGCAGCAGGGACGAUAACGGGUAUGAUGGUCGCCGGGGUAGUCCUCGUGGUGGCUAUGGACCUCCGGAUAGAAGGUUUGGAUAUGACUAUGGCGGAGGAUAUGACCGUGAAAUGGUUGGGAGGCAUGGUUACCCUGAUGAUAGGCCUCACGGCCGCUAUAUGGGUCGCUAUCAAGACUGGGAUGGAGGCCGUGGAGGCUAUGGUGAUACUUCUAACAGUGGAGGGGCAAGGGAAGGCUUGAUGUCGUACAAACAGUUUAUUCAGGAGUUGGAAGAUGAUGUGUUGCCAUCUGAAGCCGAACACAGAUAUCAAGAAUAUAAAUCUGAGUAUAUCACAACACAAAAACGUGUCUUCUUUGAUGCCCACAAGGAAGAAGAAUGGUUGAAAGACAAAUAUCAUCCGACAAACUUGCUCUCUGUCAUUGAAAGGAGGAAUGAACUUGCACGGAAAGUGGCGAAGGAUUUCUUAUUAGAAUUGCAAAGCGGGACACUUGACUUAGGUCCUGGAGUGACAGCAUUGAAUAAACCUGGGCAGACCAGUGAGCCGAACUCUGAGGAUGAAGCAGAUGGUGGUGGUAAAAGGAGAAGACAUGCUAGAGGACCUGUGAAAGAAACUGAUCCUCUUUCAGCGGCACCCAAAGCUCACUCCGUCAGUUCUGAACAAAGGAGAGUCAUAGUUGACAUUGAACAAGCACAAGCACUUGUUCGUAAGUUAGAUUCUGAAAAAGGAAUAGAGGAAAACGUUUUAUCUGGCUCAGAUAAUGACAAAGCGGGUAGAGAUAAGUUACACAGUGGUUCCAGUGGUCCAGUUGUAAUCAUAAGGGGUUUAACCUCUGUCAAAGGCCUAGAGGGUGUUGAAUUGCUUGAUACUCUUGUAACAUAUCUUUGGCGUGUUCAUGGUGUGGAUUAUUAUGGAACGAAUGAAACGAACGAAGCUAAAGGUUUGAGGCAUGUGAGAGCAGAAGGAAAGGGUUCUGAUGCAAAUGGGGACGAGUGGGAAAAGAAACUUGACUCGCAUUGGCAGGAGAGACUGAAAGGUCAAGAUCCCAUGGAAGUGAUGGCUGCCAAAGAGAAAAUAGAUGCUGCUGCUGUUGAAGUUUUAGAUCCACAUGUUCGAAAGAUUAGGGAUGAAAAGUAUGGUUGGAAAUAUGGUUGUGGAGCCAAAGGUUGCACAAAACUGUUUCACGCCGCUGAGUUUGUGCACAAACAUCUCAAGCUGAAACAUCCCGAGCUUGUGAUGGAGCUGACUACCAAAGUGCGGGAAGAAUUGUAUUUCCAGAAUUAUAUGAAUGAUCCCAAUGCUCCAGGUGGACAACCAGUUAUGCAGCAACCGAGGGACAGACCAAUUAGACGUAAACCGGGCAUAGGAAACCGACUAAGGGAUGAUCGAGGACGCAGAGACCGUGAUGGACGGACUAAUGGCAAUGACAGAUUUGAUCGGUCAGACAAUCCACAGUCGGGUGACAGCGAAGCUCCUGAAGGGGGAAAGCCCGAUGAAGCUGAGUAUGACUCUUUUGGCGGACAAGGCGUCCAUGUUCCUCCCUUCUCUUCAGACAUUCCUCCUCCACCAGUACUGAUGCCUGUUCCCGGUGCUGGCCCUCUUGGACCAUUUGUCCCGGCGCCACCUGAAGUUGCAAUGCAGAUGUUCAGAGACCAAAACGGUCCUCCUCCUCCGUUUGAAGGUAGAGGUGGGAGGUCCGGACCUCCAUUGGGUGGACCGGGACCGGCCCCUUUUCUGUUGCAACCUUCGUUUAGACAGGACCCCAGACGGUUACGCAGCUACCAAGAUCUUGAUGCGCCCGAGGAAGAAGUCACAGUUAUUGAUUACAGGAGCUUGUAGAGAGAGAGAGGGAGAGAUUUAGAAGCUGUAUUAUUAGAAGGUAAAAUCUCUCGUUCGAGACAGCAGAAUCAUAUGAACUUUUGCUUACAAAGGUGAUGCCUCGACGUCCACUCUGGAUGUUUAGAACCUGGGGGAAUGAGAUCGGAAAGGCCUCACCCGGCCGCGACGCAGGACGCAUUUCAGUUAUUCUUGGUCGUUCCGCCCUGUCUGUAAUGCCUUUUUUUCUACAUUCCCUAAUGUUUGUUACUGACCGAAGGGUUCGGUUUUGAACGCAGUGAGGAACUUUCAUACUGAACAAUUGGGAGAUCUAUCUAUGUAGAGAGACUAGAGAGUAUACAUUCAAAGCCCUGCCUUUUUGGUAUUCGCUAUGAGUGUCGGUUUGGUAUAUUAUGAACAUUUCAUUCGCACU